UUUCCAUUCCACAAUCAAAUAUUUUCUCUCAUAUAACACAUCCUUGAUAAUAACCAUGUCUAUAAUUUACCCUCUAAGAAACAAUGGUGUCUUUAUGUUAUUAUUAGUGUGGAUUCUUGUAUCUGGUGUUUUGGUUUCGGGACGACCAGCAACUUUUGAACAAGACUUUCAUGUCACUUGGUCUGAGUCCCAUAUCAAACAUAUUGACCAAGGCAGGACAAUCCAACUCAUCCUAGACCAAGGCUCUGGUUGCGGUUUUGCUUCCAAGGUGAAGUACUUGUUUGGGCGUGUUAGCAUGAAGAUCAAACUUGUCCCUGGAGAUUCUGCUGGCACUGUAACUGCAUUUUAUAUGAACUCUGACACUGAUUCUGUUCGUGAUGAGUUGGAUUUUGAAUUCUUGGGAAACCGUAGCGGACAACCUUACACAGUUCAAACAAACAUCUAUGCUCAUGGAAAAGGUGAUAGAGAACAGAGGGUCAACCUUUGGUUUGAUCCUGCUGCUGAUUUCCAUACUUACUCAAUCUUGUGGAACCAUCACCAUAUUGUGUUUUACAUUGAUGAAGUUCCAAUAAGAGUGUACAAGAAUAAUGAAGCAAAGGGGAUACCAUACCCAAAGAUGCAAGCAAUGGGAGUAUUUUCAACAUUAUGGGAAGCUGAUAAUUGGGCAACAAGAGGUGGAUUAGAGAAAAUAGAUUGGAGUAAAGCACCUUUCAGUGCAUACUAUAAGGAUUUUGACAUUGAAGGAUGUGCGAUUCCAGGACCAUCUACAUGUGCCACUAACCCAAGAAACUGGUGGGAAGGGGCUGCAUAUCAAGCACUAAAUGCAAUUGAAGCAAGAAGGUAUAGGUGGGUUCGCAUGAAUCAUAUCAUCUAUGAUUAUUGUCAAGAUAAAUCAAGAUACUCAAUCACUCCACCAGAGUGUUUUGCAGGCAUUUAAAAACCCAAAACAAAAAAUUAUACAUAUAAUAUAUGCUACAUUAAUUCAACUCGUCGGCAACAAUUAGUGGUUCACAAUAAUCCUAUGUGUGUUCGACUUCUAUUUACACUGUUUUUGUUGUGUUGUAAAAAAUAAGUGUGUAUAUUAUAUAUACAAUUAUGGUCCAAGUUAGAAGGGGUAUCGGUAAGUUGUAUAAGUCAAAGCCUCUUCUGGCUCUUUGUAAGCAUUGUUUGUGGUAUAAGAAAGCUUGUGUGCAUUAUUGUGACCAA